GUGGGCAGCGGUGCCGGGCGCGGCUCAGCCUGACAGCGUCUCCGGGAGCGGGACCCGCCCGGGAUGGGAGGCGGCAGCCACCGCCCGCCGCUGGCGAAUCCUCCCUCUGUCCUCCUUCCUACUCGGGACAGACUUCAGCUUUCAGCUGCCUUCGAAACCCUGUGUGACGAGGAAAGUUUCUUUGAAGUUAAGAGAAGGUCCCGAGGUGCGCAAUGGGUACCAAAGCAGCGAAGAUGAGGAUUGUUAUUGAAAACUCUGAUUGCCUGCAGGUGAAGCAGAUUUUCUCUUCCAAAAUGGUUUUACGAGCUCUGGUUUUGUGUUUGGCAUAUUCUGGGCUUGGAAAGCCAAUUGUGGUUCCACAGGCUGGACACAAAAAAGUGAGGAUGGGUGAUAGUGUGACUCUGAGCUGUGCCCUGACAAAACCCAUGGAGGUUCUGCAAGUGACAUGGCAAAAGGACUCAGAGGAAUCACAUGAUAAUAUAGCUACAUACAGUGAAACAAAUGGAUUCAAGAUUCAGAAGCCCUAUGAAGACAGAUUGAAUUUCACAACUUUGGAGCUCAACAAAACAAGCAUAACUUUUUGGGACACUAGAAUGGAUGAUUCAGGAUGUUACAAGUGUCUCUUCAACAUUUUCCCUUCUGGCCCUCUCUCGGGAAAUACCUGCCUGAGUGUUUUUGGUCUCAAUGCAUCUGUCCAUCACAACAUUUCUGAAGAUCAUUUGAUAGUCAUCUGUAAUGCUAAUGGCCUCCCAGAGCCCACCAUCACCUGGAACAACCUGUUCAAUUCUACUCCUACACAGAAGACAGUCAAGCACAAAAAUGGGAUUGUGUCCAUCACCAGUAAACUGAAAAUCUACAACAUUCAGAGCAUCAGUGCACAGGAUUUGAUCUGCAGAGUUAGCAACACAAAUGAAACAUUUGAAUUGCCUGUGAAAAUAAAAGGAGAAGAGGGAUCGUCACUGCUUUGGUUGGUGGUUAUUGUGGUGCUUUUAGCAGUCAUCAUAGUUCUUAUUCUGAUUAUGCUGUUCUGGAGGAAGAUCCUAUGCAAGAGGACUUGAAGGGGAUCCUUGAGGAUUUCCACCUAUCUGAUCAUUAGAAGCUAGCAGCCUGAAGUCAACAUUACACAUAGUGACUUGACUGGCUGGAAAGAAGCAGCAAAGAAAGAAGACAUCAUAUAUACUGUCCUAUCUGGAAGCUGAGUUGAUCACUGAAAUUACAAACACAGUGUUUGCUACCUGGUCUAGGCCCUGAAUCUUAAAAUGUAGAACUGGAGGGACCACCUGGUCAGAGGAGGAUGUUAUGUCAGACAAAACCUUCUUUGCCCAUGCCAUUCUUGGUAUUGCUCCUGAGAAAAAUGUAUUUGUGUUCUUCCAGUUGAGUUUUGAAAAUGUCCAUGGAUAGAAGCUCUGCAGACUCUCUUGGGAUUCUUAUCCAGUGCCUAAUUGCUCUUGCAGUAGAAAAGGAUUUAAUUUUUUGCCAACAUCUGUCUACAAUUUCACUUGCAAGAACUCUGAGUUCAUUGCCCUCUUCCUGUCACCUGGUUUUUCUUCUCUUAUCCAGUUGUUCCAACUCCUUUUUCUCUGUCUGGAAAGACCUGCUGGACUCAAAAUCACAGGACUCAAACCACACAGGACUGGCAAAAUUACUGGGGAAGAGCAAUAGGUCUCCAAGCAGGUGACUAAAUAAAGGCAGUAGCAGCCACAGUUUGGAAAGAAGAAUUGUAAGUAAUUUGUACAAUAUAGAAAUAAUUUACUUUAUUUCACUUUUUUUCUAAUCCUGGAGUGUUUUCUUCUGUGUUUUCUGGGAAUGUGUGAGGUGGGGUUAAAUAUAUAAGUUAGGAGGAGAUGGUAACAAAGGUCAGUAGUGGAAGCCUUGUGCCUAUCGUACUCUUUGCCUGAGCUGUCAAAAGGCAUGGAUUUUGUCAAUAGUUUUUGUGCUCAUCUUAGAGUAUUCACAGUUCAGAGUAGUCUUCUCUGUCUUCAUCCAUUUUUAUUGUGUCUUUUUAACACAGAUAAAUUGCUUAGCUGGCCAAAAGCCAUUAUUCCAUGGCUGGAUGUCACACGCUGAGCUCCUGUGUCACUACUGUGGCAGUCUUAAAGAGACUGAGCUUGUCAUGCUUUUGGUAACAGAUAAAGACACUGCACUAUUCUUAAGAGCUGAGACCUAAUUCUGCUCCUCUGCCAGGCUGGAGUGGAGCUCCUCUCCUGCCAUCCCAGGCUGUACAUCACUGCCAGCCCAAGCUGCUGAUCCGGUCAUUUCCAGACUUAAAUUUCCAGGUGCUUGACCCCCUCUGGCUGGGCAGCAGCAGGCUGCUCAGGAGGGCUGAGCACUCCUGGCCAUUGCCUUGCAGCUCCUCAUCUUUGUGAGGUGUUGAAGGCUCCAGGUGCCCUCUGCCUCUGUGCUUGUUUUGGUUGGGACAGAGUUGAUUUCUCGAUAGAAGUUAGUAUGAGGCUGCCUUUCUGACUGUCCCCUUCCCUCCUGGGGGAUGUGCAAGUAGCUGAGUGGUGCUUAGUUGCUGGCUGGGGUUAAACCAUGAGAGCAUCUGAGCACCUUUGCAGGGUUCUGUCCCUGCCCCACAGUAAAUGCAAGCCUACCUCUGGGUCUACCUUCUUAGUCCCCAUUUUACUGAUGGGACAGACUGCAGGGGGUCCUCUGCUGAUUUUUUGUUCAGCUGAUGAGUGCUAGUGUUUAAGGUGUUUCUCAGUCUUCUUUCUGUCUGAAUGUUUGUAUCAGGAUCACUAACAGUAUUCUCUUUUCUUUUGGCUUGGAUGAGCAUUUGUUAGUGCAUCUGAAAUACUCCUUCUUACCAGAGUGCAUAGCAUUUUGGAUUGUGACUUUUAUGUCAUAUAUUUACUAAGAGUUCUGACUGUCAAGCUGAAAAAUCAACAAUGGAGAUUUAAAACUUAGGACUCAGUGUUCAGAACAAGUAUUUUGCUGGUUCUAGAGCUGUGGCCUGUCCAGAGUCUGGUAAACACUUUUGUGUGUCUGUCUGCUUGUGUUACUGAGGAUAUGAGGGGUGAUGUUUGCUCUGUUAUUGUAGGCUCAAUAUGAAUUAUUUAUUUGUACAUUUAACUUUUUCUAAUUUACACCAAAAAAUCUGAUCCAACCAAAACAUUGACUGGUCCUUUUUUUUAUUAUUAUUAUUAUUACUUGUUUGGGAUACUGGAAAUGUGUCAUUGCAAGCUGGGCUUUUUAGUAGUUUAGUAGUUUUGAUUUAUACUUUGCUUGAUUUCUGAACAUAAAACAGGAGUUCAUGGGGCUUUUAGGGUGUUUUGGGGUAAUUUUUAUUUUUAAAAGAAGGCUUUGAACUAAACUUUUGAGAUAAAUUUACAGAAGCAUUUUUGACCACAGCAGCUGCAGUUUAGUUCAGUCAAUUAAAACAGUGUAUUCUAUAUUUUUGCAGUUAUUGUCUGUGUCAUGUUUGUUGCUUAAUUUUUUUUUUAUCUAAAGUUACAUGCUCUAGUGAUACAUUGUCUGUCUUGUUUUCUGUAUUUCCCUGGAUGAAAAGAAGCCAAAUAAAGCAAAUUGACCAUAUGGCCACAUAAUUCCCUUCAUUUGUAGCACAGUGUUUGUGAGAUUUUAUAAACCAAUGAAAGAAGUAUCAUUCAUGAACUCUAAGUGUGUGACUAAUUCCUCUGGAAAAGCAGUAGUGACCCAGUGUACUCUUUAAUACAUGUGGCCUUUUGAAAUCAAUUGUGAAACCACAAUAAUUUUUGUUUGUCGUGACAUCAACUUGCACUUUUCUUCUUAAAAGGUGUAGUAAUGAGAAACUUGAAUAUAGUUAAAAGGAUGUGUCAAUGCUACUGUAUCCCUAGAGGAGCUGAGUGCCAUGGGAUUGUGUACUAGAUCUGCUUGUCUGAGCUAUAUUUGAUGGUAAAAUACAAUAGGCAGUGCUUUCCAGAGAUUGCAACAUAAACAUUGUAUUUUCUCAAGGGUACAAAUGGUUGCUGUUGACAGCUUCUGAAGAGCUUUCUCCUGGAUGCUGGCCAAAGGUGCAAAUCUUGUUGCUGCAAUACCUCACUCACCCUGAGUGAUGGGAGAUUGUAGUUCCUUCUCCUGGGAAUUUGGUGCUAUAGAACAAGGCAUUACAGUUUUAAACCAAAAGAGGGUCAAUUUAGAUUAUGUGUAAGGAAAAAAUAUUUUACAAUGAGAGUGGUAAAACACCAGAGCAGGGCUGCCAAGAGAGAUGGUGGAUGCCCCAUCCCUGGAAACAUUCAAGGCUGAAUGGGCUCUGAGCAACCUGAUCUAGUGGAAGAUGUCCCUGAUCUUUGCAGAGGGGGUUGUGAGGUGGUUUGUGCUAACAGAGCAGGGCAGGAGCCAAAAAGUGGGGACUGAGGUGUGCUAGCAGAGUUAAGUGGCCUUAGAAAGAGUAGAUUGGCCACCCUUAACUUCACAAAAUGCAAACAUGUGCAUAACAGCAUGUUUCCUCAGGGAAACCUCAAGGUCACUGUAAAAUCCAUAAAAGGUUGCUUUUUUGGCUGACAGCCUGUUUCUUAGAACUUGUCAAAACGUUUGCUUUGGUUUUCAAGUCGCAGUGUAUUGUUUAAUUCCUACAGAUGUCUCCUGUCUUUGUGUUAUUUUAUCCCUGACAUGUUCAAGGAUGUCAUUACUCUAAAUUGUGCUGACGUAAGUGACAGGAAGGUAAAGUGUCUGUGAGGGGUAACAUAACCACAGUGAUGCAGAGUGGGUCUUCAAAUCACCAAUAUGCAGGGCUUGGUUCCUAUAAAAGAUAAAAUUUAAAAAAAAAAAACAACACUUCUGAUCACACUGUGAGAAUGACUUUUCCUUUUUGCCUUGGAUAUUUUGAGUGUUUUCCCAUUGCCUUGCCACACUGACCACCCAGCCCAAGGUCAUGUAGCUGCCUCUGAAAUAGUGAAUUCAUGCCUGUGUUUUUUCCUUUAUCCUUUCCUUAUCCUUCACCAACCCAUGAAUUUUGCCUCUGCACAUUGGUCCAAUUUCCAAGUCUGAGAAGUAGACUUGGGAUGCUUCUGGGUGACUUUUCCAUAUCAUGUCACACCAUGUGCACACCUGCUUCACUUCUGUGUCUCCCACCUGCUGCUCUGCUAACUAAAAUGUUGUUUGUUCUGAAAGCAUGGUGGCAGCUGCUCUCAAAGUCUGUUACAUAACAAUAUGUCAGGGAAGGAAGCUAAGCUAGAAGCUAAGAGGAUAUAUGGUGGGGGUUUGUCUGGAUUUUUUUUCCUUAAGAUGGAUUGAAGUUAGUAGCAGAAUCCACACUGAACAAGAAUUUUCGUGUUGAUGACCAGUAUUUUUUCAUCCAAAAAGGCUUAAAAGUUUUUCAGCUUCAAGUUGAAAGCACUUAGAUUGUAUUUUGACAACCAUGAGCAUCCUGGGAGAUGGUAAUAAAGGGAAUUUGGUGCUGAGUCACUCUGCCUGCAGGAAAGAAGUGUGGUCACCUGGACAGGAAGAACUGGGAAAUAAAUAAUAGGAUUGCAGCCCCAGCCUCACUAAUCUGGGUUUCCUUAGAGGAAAAGGAGGAGACAUAUUUCCUUACUAAUUCCAGUCUGAUUAAUUACUUCUGGAAAACAAUGUAGCUGAGUGUAGUGGUUGAUAAAAGGAAGUUUCCUACUUCUCACUUAAAACAGAGGUUAAGCAGGUUGGUCCUUGCUGAUGAAGUAUUGAUCAGACAGAAUGUUUUUGUUAAGAGUUUGUUAAUAUAAUUUGAUAAGGAAACACACAAUGAGAGAAUGAUUUGUAUUAUAUUUUAUCCACUCCUAAAGUAAUCUUGAUUUCAACUUCUUUCCUCCUGAUUUUGCCCUUCCACUGCUCAGGCUUCCCUGAUUUAUUGUUCCUCUUGGUCCUGGACAGGUUCCUUCCUGAUCAUUCUUGUUCUUUGCAAAGGACUUGGCCUGAGGUGUGCUAUUUUCUUGCUUCUGUGGAUACCCUCUCUGUCUGAUCUUUCCCUUUCCCUCUCUGGUACUUGGGUGCUCAUCACUGGAAGGUGUUUUCAUCUUCCUGGUUCACAGUAACCACAAAGUGAAAAUAGCUCCUGUGAAAGCUUGUCCUUGUUUCCAAACCUGGAAGCAGCCCCUCAAGGAAAGACAACAUGGACACCAGUAGACAGACCUAGGGAAAAUGUCCCUGCUGUGGAUGGGAUAUCUGUCUGUCUGUCUGCAGGAGCUCCAGAGAGUCCAGAUCCUGGGCACACACUGCCUGGAGCUCAUGUGGAGCCCACUGACAUGUGUUCACCUCCCUUGCUGGGCUGCCUGAUCGUUCCAUCAAAAUGUACAGAAAAAGAAAACGUGCAACUAGGGAGCUGAGCAACAUGGUCGAUGUCUCAGCAUGGAGUAAAAGGAAGGCAAUACUCUCACCACUGCUGCAUGCCUUAAAUUUGAUUUCUGUUAAGCAAUUGGUUAUUUCAGCUGACUAAUCCCAUCUAGGGAUGAUAAAUAUUGGCAUUCUCUGGUGUCCUUUAUCAUGUCACACCUGGGAUAAGAUGGCUCAGUUACUUAGAGCAUGGUGCUAGUGAGGCCAGGGUGGAGGGCUCAAUACCCAUAUGGGCCAUUCAUUUCAGAGCUGGAUUUGAUGAUCCUUGUGGGGUGCCUUCCCACAACUCAGGAUAUUCUGUGAUUCUGUGAUAACUUUGAAAUUCACUUAGUAAGUCUUGUUUCCUUUCUGGACUAAGAAAUCUGUGAUGAUGAGAGAAGCAACUAGGAGAACUCAUUAGGCUUUGAUGGAAACACAAGAGGAUACUUUCUUGGACAGCGUGGAAGGCAUAAUGUUGGGAAUGAGAGAUUAGAAGGCUUGGGGUGAGAGAAAGCUGGCUUGUUUCCCUGACAGCUCUGAGUGUCCCAGCAGAGUUGGAUGCACUGGUGAGAUGAGAGACAGCUUCUGUGUCCUGCUUUGUCUCCAAGUGAUGCACCUGGAGUCAGGUAGCUACUUGUGCUGUUGUCUAUGUAGAAGAACAGGAUUGGAGUUGAGUCAAACAAAGGUAAAUGUGUUCUGUUUCACCUGAAUUGAUAGUAAGAUCUCAGAUUAAUUAUUCAGGAAUAUUUUUACACAUAGGUAUAUAAUGCUUCCUGGGAUUGAUAUUUUAAUUUUAGAACUUUCAGGGAGUUUGUCACAAUUUAUUUAUCUUGAAUAGGGUAAGGGUGCUUGGCCAGGGUUCUUCUAUUGUGAACAGUUCCCCUCUCCCACUGCCCUCAACACUCCCAUCUCUUCCUAAUUUGCAGCUGAGAGUCCUUCUAAACUGAUUUGGGCACCAGAGGGGAUAAAUCUUACUGCAACCUUUUGUAGUAAUCAUGAUCUGAGAUCCUUUUCCCAUUUGCUUCACUGGAAAGAGGAUUUGUUGCUGUGCCUGCAGUGGCCAGCCAUGUUUUGGUUUGGCUGCCUGUCAGAACUGCAGUGUUUGCACAGUGGCAGUCUGGCCACACAAGCAACUGAAAAACUGAAAUUGGAGAAAUCCUUGAGUAGGUUGGCUGCUUCCUAGGCAAAAGUUGAGUUUUCCCUGGAAGAGCAGAAAUCCCAGUGUCAAGGAAGAGUAAAAACACAAGUUCAUAAGGCUUACAUGGGAGCUGUUUGGUGGUCUACUAAAAAUGAGAAGCAUUGAGGGGAAAUGCCUCCAGUAUGGUCCUGUCCCCUAGAAAUCAGUAAGGGAGCAGAGGUGGCAUGAAGGCUGUGAUGGACAAACAGCAUCAGGCUACAGAGAUUACUCAGCAUAGCCUUGUCUAACUAUCAAGGCUGGAGUUUUUGCCACAGUUUCCCAGUUGUAUUUCCUCUGAAGUGCUUUUUGGGACUGUUCAGGAUCAUGCGAGAUCUGGACUCCGAGUCUCCAGACACAUAUUGUAUCUGUGCUUUGCAGACCAAAUUUCUGUGAGGUAUGUUAAUCUGAUACUAAAUUUGGGAAAGAUUAAACUCUCUGCUGUGGGAUAAAUGUUGUGCCUAACAGCCCAUAAAAAGGGCUUAUUAUGCCUUUAUUUUUUGUCAUGUAAGUAGCACUUCCAUCUAUGGGAAUAAUCUCAUUCCCAAUAGGAGUAGGAAUUGUGUCUUUGCUGGCAACCCAGAUAUUGUCCCUCUCCCUUCUGACGCAGCUUUCCAUGUUAAAUAUAGCCAAGAGAAAGAACCUAGGGGUAAAAAUUAACUCUAGAAAACUGUAUGGGCACUCUGAAAUUUUUUUUAUACUAAAACCAGGGAAGACAGAGCUAUUGAGAAAGAUCAGAUAUGGAAAUCAGAAAUGUUUUAUGUAAGCAGCUGACAAUCAACUGGAAGAGAUUUUUAGUUUCCUGGAAACAAUUCUCAGGAUGUUUUCCCCUUGUGUUUAAAAUGAGGUUUCUGCUUCAAGAUCUUCCCUUCUCAAACUUUUCUGUAUUAGUUAAAAGGUUGGUGCUUUAAUAUACAAGGGAAGACAUUGCUGGAAACUACACAAUUGUUUCUUCUGUUCAUUAUGACCUUUUUAAAGUCUGAAAAUUUGAGGGGUUAAGUGCUAAAAAAUAGGCAUAAACUUACUUUCUAUCAACCUAAUUUGUAUCAUGUGGCUAAUAGGACAAAUUAUUUAAUGUUAGCUGUAAAUGCUCUGGUCCAUGGUUUAAGUUCACUCUUGGGGUUGCAGAGGAAGAUUCAGUUUAAUAUCCUUGCUUUGUUUGCUUGCACUGGGUGCAGAGUGGCUGUUUGGAUGGUGUGUGUAUAAUCCAUGCCAUUAUGGAGUGGGCUUGGGCAGGCACAGAUUUCAUAAUAAUUAGAAUUUUGUAUUUCUAACUGGUUGUAUUGGUACACAUUUAUUAGCUUUUCCUGCCGAAAUAUCUGGGAGAGCUUUAGAACUGAGAGCACUUGUAUCCUUUUGAGAAAGUAAUUGUCUUUACUCUGAGCUGUUUCUCAGAGUAAAUUCCACUGAACAGACAUUUGGAGAAGUUGGUCUAUUUUUAUAACUCUGUCCCAAAAACACUGUCUGUUUUAGUUCAGAUUUGGUAUGAUUUAGCUGUUUAGAAAACAUUUUUGUCCGCUGGCACACACAUAUAUGGUGCAUUCUAUUUUUGAAAUUAAGAGUUUAUUCAACAUUUAUAAUUAUUGUGUAAAUAAUGUUGACUCAAGAAAAGAAAA